UUUCCUUUCUAAUUAAUGUUAAAUUAUUUCAAUUGUUUAAUUGAUCAAUUAAUUAGUUAAUCUGAAUUUCUAUUUGUAGUGUUUCCAUGAUUGAAUAAUAAGAAAUUCUAAUUGUAAUUGUGAAAAGAAUCUUGGUUCAACUAUAGAUGGCGUUUAGAAUCUGCUACCUGAUGUCUUGUUAUUUUUUUCUAAUUUAAUUGUCUCAUUGUUUUCUUUUAAUUUCUAAUUGCUUAUCUAAUUUAAUUGUUAUCCCUUUUUUGUUUGAUGAUUGUUCACCUUUAAAUUGUUCUCUGUCUACUGAAUGGAUUUUAUGGUUUCAAUUGAUUUUCUUGUGCCUUUCAUUCUGUGUACUGGUUAAUACAUUUUCUGGUUUUUUCUCUUCCUAAUCAAUUUCUCAAUUUCUGAGUUGUUCUUUUUUUUAUUAUUUGUUCCAUUUAGAAAUCUGUUUAAAAUGCAGGUUUUAUCUCCUUCUAAUCAUAGGCUUGCUGAAGAUUUAAUUAGUGAUGAUUUUAUCAAAGAAAUUCUAUCUUCAGCUGUUGACCUUAGAUUCUAUUCUCAGGUAACUGAGAAUAAAUUACGAGAAGCAGUCAAUGCUUCGGUUGCUGAUUAUAUUAGUGAGAGUAGUAACAUUGCUGCUCUUCACACUGACAUAAAUGAAUGUGAUUCUAUCCUGGAGAAAUUGGAACACAUGUUGGUCACCUUUCAAGCUGAUUUGGGUAAUAUUUGCCAGGAAAUACUAUCCCUUCAAGAACAAUCAUUAUCUCUUAAUAUAAGAUUGAAAAAUAAACAAGCCCUUCGGAGUGAAUUGGUUCAGUAUAUUGAUGAGAUUGUUGUUCCUGAACCUGUAAUGCUUCACAUACUUGACACGCCAGCAAGUGAAAAAGAUUUUAUUGACAAUUUAAUGAUUUUAGAUCAAAAGAUUGACUUUGUUGGUAAUGAGUCAACCCGCGAGUCUCUCCCCUGUCAAGAUGUGAAAGAAAUUUUGGAAAAAUUAAAAGUCAAAGCCAUCUCAAAGAUUCGAGAAUAUAUUCUGAAAAGGAUUCAAUUCUGUCGCCGGGCCAUGUCCAACUACCAAAUGGAGCAAAAUGCUUUGUUAAAGAAUAAAUUUUUCUACACCUUCUUGUGUACCCAUGCCCGUGAAAUUGCUCGUGAAGUUAAACAAGAAUACGUUGACACAAUGUCCAAGGUUUAUUUCUCUUACUUCAAAGAAUACAUCACAAGAUUAUCCAAGUUAAAAUUUGACGAAUUACCUGAUAAAGAUGAUCUAAUGGCUGCUGACGAUUCCCAUAAAUCGAAAGUCUCUUUUUUCACCGGUAAACAAACGCUUAAAAAUCGUUCAACCAUAUUUACCCUUGGAAAUCGAGGAAAUAUUGUCACCACCGAAUUAGAAUCACCUUUAAUCAUUCCUCACACGGCAACCAAAUCGGAGGUAAAAUUUCCCAUGGAAGCUUUAUUUCGAAGUCAUCAAUUUGCUAUGGUUGAUAAUGGUUGUCGAGAAUAUCUAUUCUGUAUCGAUUAUUUUAUGCUGAAAAAUGAAGCUGCUUACGAAUUAUUUGAUCGUAUUCUUGGUAAAACAUUGAAAUAUAUUCUACACCUUUGCGAGGAGGAAUUUCGUACAAGUUACGAUUGUAUUGGUCUAUUCUUGUGUCUCCAUAUUGUUUAUCGAUAUCGAUUAUUAUCCCAUAAGAGAGCUGUUCCUGCUUUAGAUAAUUACUGGGAAUUAAUGGUGGAAAUACUUUGGCCACGAUUUGAAACAAUAUUUCAAAUGCAAAUACAAAGUGUUAAAAAUUGUGAUCCCGAGAAAUUAGGUAAUUGUGACUCUCGGCCUCACUAUAUUACCCGUCGAUAUGCUGAAUUUUCAGCAGCAAUUAUGGCAAUUAAUGAUACUUUUCCCGAUGAAAGAGUUUCAAUUUUACUCGGUUGCCUUCAAACCGAAGUUGAAAAUUUUAUCCUCAAAAUGGCUGGAAGAUUUAAUAAUCCUAAAGAAUAUCUUGUUUUCCUUAUCAACAAUUAUGACAUGAUUCUCAAUGUACUUUUGGAAAGAGUUAAAGAAGAAUCAAAAGAAUCUCAAAACAUUAAACAACAAUUAAGCAAAAGAAUUGAAGCUUAUGUUGAGGAACUUUUGAAUCCACACUUUGGUGGUAUGUUACGAUUCGUUAAAGACUGUGAAUCAUUCCAAGAACGAGAUGAUACCAAUUCGUUGAAAAGAGAGGAGCCCAAAAUUGCGAUAAUUGUUAAAACUUUUAAUAAUGGCUGGAGAAAAGCAAUCGAUGAAAUUAAUCGAGAGGUGAUGCAAAAUUUUACCAACUUUAAGUGUGGAAAUAACAUUCAACAAGCAGCUUUAACCCAAUUGAUACAAUAUUAUCAUAGAUUUCACAAAAUUGUCUCUCUAACAAUAUAUAAAAAUAAUCCUUCCCGUAGCUCUUUAAUUAAUAUACACCAAUUAAUGGUGGAAAUUAAAAAAUAUAAGACAAAUUUUUGAAAAAAAUCAUCACAAGACAAAAAAGAAAAGAUCAUAAAUAUAAUAUAAUACGACUUUUUCAAUAGUUCUCA